ACUAUGGCUGAUCAGAGGCAAGGUUUCUGAAACAGAGUAACGUUUUAUAUGAGUUCGAAGGGAUCCAAAAAUGUCGACUAGUUCAGCUCUCAGUUGCUAUUAUGUGGACUCUAUUAUGGGGCACGAGACGGAGGAUGUGUACGGAGCGCGUUAUGUCCAGGGUUCACACACCACCGCGAGGCCGUCAGGUGUAGUGGAAAAUGCGGACUUUUCCUCGUGCAGCUUCGCUCCCAAGUCAGCCGUGUUCCCUGCGUCCUGGACCUCGGUUCAUCAACCAUCUACUGCUGCUGUGUCCGGAAUUUACCAUCCAUACGUUCACCAGACCCAUCUUCCAGACAACAGAUACGUGCGCUCCUGGAUAGAACCAGUCUCAAACCAUAUCUCUCUAUCGGGGUUCCACUCCAGCAGUCGGCACAGCGGCACAAAGACUGAAAGUUUACCCUCGAAAAGGACUGAAAGCGCGGCGUUUGAAAGAGAAACGCCGGUGGUUCCCGAGUAUAGUUGCAACGCUGUAUCCGAGAGCGCAGACAAAGCGACUGAAGAAACGGUUGCAAAUGAUAUUUCGAGGCAUGAUGAACCUAAAGACGAAAAACAACAACAACUUGACCCAAGCAACCCUGCAGCAAACUGGAUCCAUGCGAGAUCAACAAGAAAGAAACGUUGCCCGUACACAAAAUAUCAGACUCUGGAAUUAGAGAAGGAGUUCCUUUUUAACAUGUAUUUAACGAGGGAUCGUCGUUAUGAAGUAGCACGAAUCCUGAAUUUAACAGAACGGCAGGUUAAAAUCUGGUUUCAGAACAGAAGAAUGAAAAUUAAGAAGAUGAACCGAGAGAGGAUCAGUAAAGAUCCUUAGUGAACA